AUACUAUGCUUCAUAAAAUGCUACAAAAGAUCAUGCCUUACAGCCCCAAGGUUUUGGACAUAUAUCUUGAACUCCUGAAAGCUUGUAAGUCAUCAAAAGCUGAUAAAAGUGUGAUGGGUGAAAUAGUUACAAGCUUUAUCGAUGUUCUUCUAGAAAAUGCAGUGGUUGCUGUAAAGGAUCAUAUUGAAGAUCUACAGGAUGGGCUAGUUCUCUUGAUAACAUUUAUCAUGGACCCGCCAGAGGAGUUUGGAAGAAAAUCGAGAACUGUAAUCUUCACCCAGAUUUAUGCACUCAUCAGAGAGAUGACAUUUUUCAUUUGCUCACUUUGCAGUGAUAAAAUGAAUGAUGACACUUCCAGGGAAAGAAAUACUUUGCUUCCUGAUUUACUCAAAAAGAUUAAGGAAGUUGAGGCAGAGGUCAGAGAGCCUAAUGGCAAGAAGCCUAGUUCAUGGCAUUUUGAUUUCCCUGUGACGGAUGCAAUUGGAUUCAUUGAUUUCCUCUUGGGGAAUCUGAAUAAAAGUUUGAAAUACAUUGCCAACUUCAUUCCUUUUGCAAAGCAUAAAAUUGUGACUAUUCGUCAUGUUCCUUAGGCCUUUCCUCGAGGAUAUUAUGGAGCUGCAAACUGAGUCUGUUGAACUAAAAGAUCUAUGGACAUGAAUUAUCAAUGUGGCAUACCUGGCAGAACAUGUCAUCAACUCAUGCGCAACUACUGAAACUCCUAUUUGGAGCAAUAUUUGGAGCAAUAUAAUAUGCCUUUCUGAUGUCACAGAUGAAAUUAAGCAUAUCCAAGCCGAUGUCAUGAAGAUAAAACAGAACCAGAUAUCCAGCACAAGAAAUCCUAGUAUUCAGAAGAGUUACAGUUUCGGUCGACCACGAGCUAGUAUUUCAAGUACUGAUGAAGUUGUAGGUUUGGUGGAAGAUGCAAAAGCUGUACUAGACAAACUUACAAGAGGAUCAAUGAAGCUGAACAUUGUUUCUAUUGCUGGCAUGCCGGGUGUAGGUAAGACGACUCUGGCAAUGAAAGUCUAUAAUGAUCCUUCAGUUCAAUGUUACUUUAUUAAACGUGCUUGGUGUUAUGUAUCACAAGUAUACAGAAGAAGAGAUCUGUUAUUUGAUAUUUUGAGGAGCGUUAUUGGUAUUGAUCAGGUUGAAAUCUCUAAAAAGGAUGAUGAUGAAAUAGCUAAUCAACUCCGACAAAGUUUAAAAGGACAAAAGUACAUAAUUGUUAUGGAUGAUAUCUGGAACCUUGGGGCUUGGGAUGCUGUAAAAUAUUCACUUCCAGAUGAUAGCAACGGAAGUAGAAUUUUGUUCACAAGUCGGAAUCACAAGUUGGCUGAAAUGUCUGGACUUCCGUUCCAUGUUCAUCCCCUUAAUGAACUUUCUAAUGAUAAAAGUUGGGAUCUUUUACAAAAGAAGGUGUUUCACAGUGAUGGCUGCCCUUCAAAAUUCUCAAACAUUGGGGAAAAAAUGGCAAGAAAUUGCAAAGGACUACCUCUGGCAAUUGCUGUUGUUGCAGGUCUCCUUGAAAUAAAAAAGAAUGAUAUACAUUGGUGGAAGCAAAUUGAGAAAAAUUCAAAUUCUCGCAUUAGUACUGAAGGCUGUAUGGCCAUUCUGGAACUCAGCUACAAUUAUCUACCGGAUACAUUAAAAGCUUGCUUUCUUUAUUUUGCAGCAUAUAGGCAAGGUGAAGUAAUUGCUGUGCGGAAGCUGAUGCUAUUAUGGAUUGCUGAAGGACUUCUGCAACCUGAGAAGAGGAGCUUAGAAGCAGUGGCAAAGGAGUCUUUUUUGGAGCUAAUCGAUAGAAGCCUAGUGAUUGCUACUAGCAGAAGUUCCAAAGGUGGGAUAAAAGCUUGUCGUGUUCAUGAUCUAUUGCACUAUUUCUGCAGGGAAAAAGCUAAAGAAGAAAGUUUUUUACAUGUUGUGGAAAGGACCGAGGUAUCUCAAUGUUUCUCAAGUCCCAUAAGGUUUGACCAAUACAGAUUGUGCUUGUAUUCUGAAUGGGAAACUUUGAUCAAAUCAAAGCCUUCUAAUCCAAAUGUCUCCUCUCUAAUGCUAUUUGCUGAUACUAAAGAAUCAACCCAUAAUUCUGUUGCCUCCCAAAUUUUUCAGAGUUUUAAACUUCUUAAAGUACUGAAUUUGGAGAGCAUCAAUUUGGAUUGCCCUUUUCCUGAGGAAAUAGUAUUAAUAGUACAUUUGAGAUACCUAGCAAUUCGGGGUAAUAUUAUGACUGUUCCAUCAUGUAUAUCCAACCUCUGGAACCUAGAAACCUUUGUUCUUCAAGGUUCAUAUGAUUUUGUUCAACUACCGGAUACCAUAUGCAAAAUGAAAAGUUUAAAACAUGUGUUUGUCAGUGAAAGGGCUGUUGUCUCUCUUGGUGAUAUGGAGCUUGAGGAAUCCUCUCAAUUAAAUAAUGUGGAGACAUUUUCUUCCUUGUCUGUUGAUCAACGAGCAGAUUCAUGGAUGCUAUUGAGAAGGUUCCCUAAACUUCGGAAACUGAGAUGUGUAUUCACAGAAUCAGAGAACUAUACUGGGAAGGGUAUUCAAUUUCCCCUAUUGGCUUUGUUAAAAGAUCUGGAAUCACUAAAAAUGUCUACUUAUGGCUCUGGGCAACUGUUCUAUAGCUGGAUGCGUGUACAGUUUCAGGGAUUUAACUUGCCCUCAACUCUUAAGAAACUCACCUUGCAUAAGUUUGGCCUACCGUGGAGAGCAGUAUCAGAAUUGGGAAAGCUUCCCUGUCUUGAGGUUUUGAAAUUAAGAGAACAAGCCUUUCCAGGACAAAGGUGGGAAGUGGACGAUGAGCAGUUCUUGAACCUGAAAUUCUUAGAAUUAUCCAGUUCAGAAAUUGAAGAAUGGAAUGUCUCCGCUGAAUCAUUUACCUGCCUUCAGCAGCUUGUCGUAGGAGAUUUUUCCAGACUUAAGGAGAUCCCUUCAAUUUUUGGCCAAAUUUCUACCUUGACAAUCAUUCGCUUACAUGGCUGCAGCAACCAAGUCGAGUUCUGCCUUGCAAAUCCUCAAAGAUCAACAGGAUAUGGGAAACGAGGAACUUGAAGUACUAACCACAUACUCCACAUACUGAUGGAAGUUCUUGGACCUAAACAUUAUACUGCCUUCAAGCUGGUGAGCUCCCAUCUAAGCGAACUCGUAGCUGUUAUGCUGCUGGUCUUCCAUCAAAGUGAACUCCCAUAUGCCCGUGGUCGACGAGUUCGACGAACUUUCAACUUUUAAGCUCAAACUCGACUUGUGUAAAAUAUAAGGUGCUGGAGAUCGAGAUCGAGGUCAAGCUCGCUCAAAAAGCAAAUUGAGAUUGAGAUCAAGCUUGAGCUCAAGUGGUCCUUGAGGGAUAAAUAUUUGGAGCUGAAGGUCAAGCUUUCUUCAUAUAUAUGCCCUGGUCUCAAUUAUGAAGGUCUACUCAAUACUGUUGGUUUUCCAGAUCCUGACAUGGUUUUGCAUUUAUCAAGAACACUACUUCUAUUGUUCUAAGAUAGUGUCUCAUCUAAACAAGAGCUCAAGCUUCAUGUAGCAUUGACGAUUCCUAACCAAAUUGGUUAUAGUGAUGUUGCAAGCUAACCUUGUUCAGUGACUGAAUUAACUCUUGUAUCUAUAUUCUGUUGUAGCUCUGUACAAUGAAGAAAUACAUCCAUUACCUUUCAAUGGAUAUUCUGAGCUG